CUCUUUGCCUUCUCUUCUCUCCAUUACCUUUUCUUACUGAAUUUGCAGUUCUUUUUCUCUUUCUAUCACUUCUACGACUAGGGUUUUCCUCUUUGAGAGGCUCGCCCCAGCCUCAGCCGCAGCAAUAAAUCUGUGAAGUUCACACUUCACCCCCUUCACUGCCCAAAGGCUACCUUAUCUUGGUAGGAGCAAAGAACGUCCUCCUCAAAGAACUCAUAUAGGGGAAAAAGCAGUGAAAAUGGCUUCGUCCAGCUGCAGCUCUUACAAUUCACCCUGUGCUGCUUGCAAGUUGUUGAGAAGGAAAUGCGUUCCAGGUUGCAUCUUUGCACCUUACUUUCCACCAGAGGAGCCCCAAAAAUUUGUGAAUGUUCACAAGAUCUUUGGAGCAAGCAAUGUGAGUAAGCUCCUUACUGACCUCCUCCCUCACCAAAGAGAGGAUGCAGUGAAUUCCCUUGCCUAUGAAGCUGAGGCGAGAGUAAGAGAUCCAGUUUAUGGGUGUGUUGGUGCUAUCUCUUUCCUGCAGAGACAAGUUCAAAGGCUCCAGAAAGAACUUGAUGCAGCUAAUGCUGAUUUGAUCCGUUAUGCCUGCAAUGAGAUCCCAACAGCCUUGCCUGCAGCAGCGGGGGCGAGUUCAUCAGUUCAACCUCUAACUCCCCCUAACAGGCGAGGUGAGUUUGAUAGAAGGAUUGGUAAUGAAGGAGGAGGACUCUAUCAGCCCCCAGGUGCUUUUCCUCUUCCUUAUUAUUCUUAUCCUUGGAACGACAACUCUUCAGGCGACAUGAACGAUGGAGGAGGAGAAGGCGGUAUGUGAACCAAGACAAUUU